GUGUGUGGUUCAAACUAGUUUCAGCACCCGAUCUAGCCAAAGCACAGUAUGUCGUCCAAUCUGGUGGUUCUCUAACGCCACUGACUGUACGGUGAAAUUCACGCGUGCCGUGCCAUGAACGUUAGUGACAGAUGGGAUAGAGGAGUCUGGGGAUCGGUCGACAGGAAGCUAGAUGUGGCCAGACGGUCUCAUUUAGCGGAUCCUGAUGGAGUCGAAGAGCCUUUCUUGCCCGAUGCGGAAGGGAAAAGGCCGGUAUCAGUUCAUCAAAACAAGUCCUGGAGCAGCCUAUUGAUCGUGACUGCAGUGGCAACCACACUUGGAACUGUUAUUCCCGCUGGUUACAACAUCGGAAUCUUGAAUAGCCCACAACAAGUCAUUGUGGACUUUUGUAAUUCCAGCAUAUUGCACACUUAUGGCACAGCUAUCGAAGAAACUCCAUUGGAAUUACUAUGGGCAUUUGUUGUUAGUAUUUUCCUGAUAGGAGGAGGCAUGGGUGCUCUUAUGGGCGGCUCGAUAGCUAAUCGAAUCGGCAGGAAAAAUACUUUAUUGGUAAAUAGCUCGGUGAACGUGAUAGCAGCUAUCUUCUUUGGUACGUGCGGCAUUGCGCAAUCAGUGGAGAUGUUACUCAUAGGGCGAUUUAUUGUCGGGAUUGGUGCAGGCAUGUCCACCAGUUUUAUGCCACUUUACAUGUCCGAAAUAUCAACCCCAGCGACACAGAAUGUUCUUGGUCUUCUAUGCCCAGUAGGAAUUAAUUUAGGACUUUUUAUUGGCCAAGUUCUUAGUCUCGAAAAAUUGCUCGGCAAUGAAGACAACUGGAACGUGCUGCUUGCCUUAACCUGCAUUCCUGCCUUGCUAUGUCUGGCUGUUUGGUAUUAUCUUCCAGAAAGUCCGAGAUAUCUCUUUGUCUUGCAACAGAAAACUGAUCUCGCUUUUAAAGAGCUCUCUUGUUUGAGAGGACUUCCUGUUGAUCAAUUAGGACCGGAGAUAGAGGAAUUGCGUCGAGAAGCCACUCGGGCAACGGCCGAAAUGCCUAAAGAUGGACUGAAUACCACAAAUUCGCAAUCGAGCUGGACAUUGAAAACGAUUUGGGCAAAGAAAAGUCUUCGUUGGCCAUUUGCAUGCGUUGUGGUUAUGCAUCUUGGUAACCAGCUGAGUGGUAUCAACGCGGUUCUCUAUUACUCAACUGACAUAUUCUUGUCAGCUGGACUGGAUAAGCAACAAGCCGAGUUGGCUCUAUUGGGAGCUGGUUUCAUCAAUGUUGUUAUGACAGCGUGCGUCGUCUUCCUCACCGCACGAUUUUGUCGAAGGCCCUUAAUGAUGAUUAGUACUAUCGGUGUUAGCGUUUUCCUUGUCGUCCUAGCUCUUUGCAUCUUCUUCAUAAGCAAAGCCUCGUGGAUUCCUUAUUGCUGCAUCGCCGCCUUGUUGAUUUACGUGGUUUUCUUUGAUGUCGGUGUCGGUCCAUUGCCUUUCUUCCUCCCACCAGAGCUCAUUCCGGCCGGACCAAGACCUCUUAUUAUGUCAUUGGGAUGUUUGGUAAAUUGGGCAACCAACUUCCUGGUGGGCAUGACAUUCCCUACUUUACAGAAUCUGAUGGGCGUGUACAUUUUUGUCAUGUUCGCAGCGGCCACAGUAGUUCAGGCUGUCUUCCUAUUUUUCAAACUUCCAGAAACCUUCCGACCAACACGUUCAUUCUCACCUGCUUCCCCGUCAGUCUAACAUUGAAUGAAUAGCGAUCCUGGCACAAGUCUCAGGUAUAUAUGUAAGGAGUUUUCGUUUAAUGGACAACGCACGAAUUGUACUUCCAAGCAUACGUUUUCGAAAUACAAAACAAAUUAAAUUAAA